AUGGCGGUGGCGGCGGCGGUGAUAAAGACGGUGAUGGAGGGGUCCCCCGGGAUGCAGCCUGUGAUCAUCGCCGACCCCGACCACAUCAACCACAUCAACCACAAAGUGUUUCAGCCACUACGGUCGGCCAAGCAGUGCCGCAGCCUCAAGGCCCAGGCCAGCAGGCUACGGCAGGGCUUCUUCCACCAGGCGACCAGGGAUGUCUGUCACAAACUGCAGUCCAACCUUGUGACAAUGCUUUUUUUUUACUCUUCUUCUUCUUCUUCUUCUUCUUCUUCUUCUUCCUCUACCUCCCUGUGCCUUUAUGACCUUUUUUCCCCUUUUUUCUGUUUUCUGUUUUUCUGUUCUUUCCCCCUUCAAGGUCUGGCGCACCUGACGCUAAACAACCAAGGAGACUCAUCGCAAGUUGGCAAGGAGGAGUCGGUGGCCACCUUCAAGGGCAACGAGUUCUUCUGCUACGACCUGUCCCUGACGCCCAUCCAGAGCAGCACGGACGAGAUCACGCUCUCCUUCCGCACACAGCAGCGCAACGGCCUCAUGCUGCACACGGGCAAGUCGGCCGACUACGUCAACCUGUCGCUGAAGAGCGGCGCCGUGUGGCUGGUCAUCAACCUGGGCUCCGGGGCCUUCGAGGCGCUGGUGGAGCCCGUCAACGGCAAGUUCAACGACAACGCCUGGCACGACGUGCGCGUCACGCGGAACCUGCGCCAGCACGCAGGCAUCGGACACGCUAUGGUGACCAUUUCGGUGGAUGGUAUACUGACCACCACCGGCUACACCCAGGAGGACUACACCAUGCUGGGCUCCGAUGACUUCUUCUACAUCGGGGGGAGCCCCAACACGGCCGACUUGCCUGGGUCCCCCGUCAGCAACAACUUCAUGGGCUGCCUCAAGGAUUUCGUGACCCGGUGUCUGUCUUCAGGUAAGGGGCCGGAGACGCUGUUCGCAGGACAGAAGCUCAACGACAACGAGUGGCACGCCGUCAAGGUGGUGCGGAGGGGCAAGAACCUCCAGCUGUCAGUGGACAACGUCACAGUGGAAGGCCAGAUGACGGGCGCCCACACCCGCCUGGAGUUCCACAACAUCGAGACGGGCAUCAUGACCGAGCGCCGCUUCAUCUCCGUGGUGCCGUCCAACUUCAUCGGCCACCUGCAGGGCCUCACCUUCAACGGGGUGCCCUACCUCGACCAGUGCAAGAACGGUGACAUCUCCUACUGCGAGCUCAACGCCCGCUUCGGCAUGCGCCACAUCAUUGCUGACCCCGUGACCUUUCGGACCAAGGGCAGCUACCUGGCGCUGGCCACGCUGCAGGCCUACGCCUCCAUGCACCUCUUCUUCCAGUUCAAGACCACCACGCCCGACGGCCUCAUGCUCUUCAACUCAGGCGACGGCAGCGACUUCAUCGUGGUGGAGCUCGUCAAGGGCUACGUCCACUACGUGUUCGACCUGGGCAACGGGCCGUCGCUGAUGAAGGGCAACUCGGACAAGCCACUGAACGACAACCAGUGGCACAACGUGGUGGUGUCCCGGGACGCCGGCAACGUGCACACGCUCAAGAUUGACUCGCGCACCGUGACACAGCACUCCAAUGGAGCACGGAACCUGGACCUCAAAGGGGAGCUGUAUAUCGGUGGAGUGAUCAAGACCAUGUACGGCAACCUGCCCAAGCUGAUCGCGUCCCGGGACGGCUACCAGGGCUGCCUGGCCUCGGUGGACCUCAACGGGAGACUGCCCGACCUGAUGGCGGACGCCCUCCACAGCGUGGGACAAGUGGAGCGAGGCUGCGACGGACCCAGCACCACCUGUACGGAGGAGUCCUGCUACAGCCAGGGCGUGUGUCUCCAACAGUGGGAGGGCUUCAGCUGCGACUGCACCAUGACGUCCUAUGGAGGCUCCUUCUGCAGCGACCGUAAGCACCCCCCUGCUGGGCUCUCUCUCUCUGUCGUGUCGUCGGGGGGCUAAGCGCCUCCUCCGUCCGCCGCUGACGGUCCGCGUGUGUGUGUGU